AAUGAGGUAUUCCCAGAAAAUUGAGUAUAAAAGAGCUGUAUAUCCGUGUUUUUUUCAGACACAGUUUGUCAGCUGAUUAAAAUACAGUUGUUAGAAGCAACUGUUCAACAUGGUUUCAAACAUUUUUGUUGGUUUCAUGAUAGUGUUGGGAACGCAGAUCAUUGGAAGCAUCGGCGAUGAUCAUGCCAUUGCAACAUCUGCUUGCAUUGGUCUAUCAUCAACUAGAAGAUACACCGCCGCCAUUCCCCGCGACUGUCAUGGUGGGAAGUCGUGUAAAGAUAUCUGUUCAUCUGUAAAAACCAUGGAUGAAACUAAUGGCGGUUACGGAGCCCCUCAAUGCUUCAAUGCUCUUCACAUAUAUCCUGGUAAUCGCGGCUCAAAAAACACUGCAAACACUAAAUGGAUCAACACAUGGAUCUAUGGAGGCAAUGAUGGGUGUACUAAAACACACUGCGGACCCAACUUCUGCUGUUGUUUAUUGUAGUUAAAUGAAUAAUAAACAGUAAGUCUG